AUGCCUAGAGUUGGUGAAAACAGGUUUGGCGGGGAGAAUGAUGAACGUUUGGAGAAUGGAGAGGAAUUGGAGAUAGCAGCGACUGAGCGGCAGAAUUUACAAUCCCCGGCUGUCAGCGGCGGCUUGGACGUCAUUAAACCGAAGCUCAGUGGCCAAAGAACAGCGGCCUCCCCACAAGUUCGGCGCAGCCGGCGGAACAAGAUUCCCCAGAACCCCUAA